AUGUCAGAAGCCAGAGCAAGCAAAGGCUCGAUUACAAGUUUCACUGCAAUUUCCACAAACAGCGAAUCCGCUGGCGAAGCCGACAAUGUCAACAAGCUGGUGAAGCAGCCAGAAACGCGUCCCAUAGGUCAGGAGCAGCUCGUGGCUGAGGUAAAAAGCAUGUAUACUGGUAUUGCUAUGGUGGAGAACAAAUGCAUAGAGAUCGACAAUGCCCAUAACUCGCUCAACAACAAUUCAGCUUCCCCCCAGCUAAACACCCAUCAGUGGCAAGCUCUGAUUGCCUUGCACCGAACGCUGUUACACGAGCACCACGAUUUUCUUCUCGCCUCGCAGCAUCCUUCAGCAAGCCCGGCGCUACGACGGCUUGCCACUAAAUACGCAAUGCCUGCACGCAUAUGGCGACAUGGGAUUCACAGUUUCUUGGAGCUGAUGAGGCAUCGUUUGCCAGAUUCACUGGAGUACAUGCUCACAUUCAUCUAUUCCUCGUAUUCAAUGAUGGCGCUCUUGUACGAAACGGUGCCAGCGUUUGAAUAUACGUGGAUAGAAUACUUGGGAGACCUUUCGCGAUACAGAAUGGCAAUCGAAGACGAUGAUUUACACGUCAGAGAGGUUUGGAGAGCCGUUUCUCGCCAGUGGUACUCACGAGCUAGCGACAUGGCGCCCACCACCGGACGCCUGUACCACCACCUAGCAAUUUUAGCGAGACCUAACGUUGUAGCACAGCUUUUUUACUACGCCAAGAGCUUAUGUGUGCCCAUUCCCUUUAAAAUCGCCAGGGACUCAAUUCUCACGCUUUUCGAACCCAUUAUGGCUGGCUCAUACGGUGAAUUGCACGCCGUCGAUCGUGCGUUGGUCAGAUGUCACGGGACAUUCUUCACCGGCAAGGGCACCGAAAAUUUCGAAGAGGCGCGCAAAGAAUUUAUUUCCAACCUCGACCUGGCUGUGGCCAAGGGCGCACGCCGCUGGCUUGAGGCUGGAUAUCAAAUCGCCGUGACUAAUCUUUGUGCACUUUUCGGCUAUGGUUCACCUGCCAACGUUCUCAUGAAGGCAUUUGACGCUUCGACAAAAGAAGCUCCUAUGCCGAAAAUCGUACUCACAGACGAGCCGACUUCGGCCGAGUCGCAAGCAGCUUCUCCAGAGAAGCAGAAAUCGCCCAACACUGAUGAUGAAAACGAUCCAUCUGCCACCAUGGAAGCUAAAGAGGACGUGCUCGACCCCUCCAAACAUUUUAAAGAAGUUCUUCAGCUUGUGGAAAGCACAGAUAGGAUUGUCCUUUCACGGCUAGGGGAUUUGAACAUACUUUCUUACACCAUCGUCAAGCUGACGUUUUUGCUUACGAUGGCUCGCUUGAAGGGUCCAGGCGGUGAUAAGCCCAUAACGCCAGCAAUGUCGCAUCUCGAGGCAUCUUUUCCUUGGAAUCUACUCUGCUUGUGCUUGAACUCUUUUGCGGCGGGCUUUGAAGCCCCUGAGAGAUACGAAAAGAACGAGUUUCCCCGCACGGCCGAGAGGAGGCCGCUCCCCGAGGACUGGGCGAUGCGCGGGCUUGUGUGGGCAGAUCCGGCAGAGGUUGUUUGCCCGCGCGAAUAUUUCGCCGUCACGGAAAGCAUGGAGGAAGAUGAGAGGAUGUUUGAGACGCCGUCGAUGGGAGAGCAGCGUCGUGAGAGGUGUCUGUGGCUUGCGUACCAAAUCGCCCAGAUUGGGACGUUGGGAGACGCCGAAAAAAAGGGGGAGGGCCGUUGGAUCACGUACAAUCGCGACACGAAGAUGUUUUUUCCGGCCGCCAAGUACGUGUCAGACCUUGAAAUACGUCCCUUAGAGACGGAGCUGGCGAGUAUCAGCUCACGCCAGGAAGCAGAUAUGGAGCAUUUUCUGGCGAAGAAAGAGACUAAAAGCCUAUCAUACUGGAAUCAGUGCUCAAUGGGCAACGGAACUUGCAUGCUCCUUGUACCGGCCUCAACAGAGGGUUCAUAG